AUGGAGGAGCCCCUCUGCCCAGAGAUCUCAGCUCCUCUCCACGGGCCCUCCUUUCUCCAGGCUUCUCACUUCCAGCUUGGUUUUGAUCGCAGACCUGAAGGCAGCACGGUGGUGUCCCCGUACCGCUUCGACUAUCCUCCUCGCUGGGGCACCUACCUGCGUGAGCCCAUCCUGCCUCCCGAGUGCGCAGGCGUGUUGAAUCAGGACAUGGGUGACCCCUGGGAGACCAAGUCCGAGUAUCUCGUGUCCUACCCAGCUUGGCCUCUAGCGGCAAGGCCUGCCAUCUGCCCUCCGGCCUCCUGCAUUCAAAUGCACACCGACCCCCGGCACCACGUUUUCACCUCCACGACCCAAGAGAUCUACACUUGUCCUUCCAAGGCCCUGCCCACGCAGCUCCGUCGAGUGGACAAGUGGGACGACAACAUCCCCGGGGGUGACAAAGAGAAAGUGCCACUGCCUCCCUCGCUCUACCAGCAGUCCUACCCAGCUCACAAAGGGCUCUCCUCAGCAGUCAGGGCCCCCAACCAGCACCUGGGAAGCGACUCCACCCUGAAAGGUGAUGGCGGUGUCCGCUUUGACAGCUCAUACAGAUCCCAGUACAAAGGGGAAUGGGGCCCCCCACCCAAGCGCUGCCAUGAGGGUUUGAUUUCUGUCGUGUUUGGUGACCCCCGCUGCCGUGAUGCUGUGAGUGAACAACGGCAUGCGUAUCCUGCCCACCACCCUGCUGAUCUGUGCUGCUCUGCCGCUGAGCGAGCUGCCCGGCAGCCCUUCCAGACAGAUAUCCAAGCGGGUGACGGACUCAGGCGUUUUUCCACCACCAUGCGAGAAGCGUUUCGGCAGAAGGAGGCUGGACGUCCCUCCAUUUCAUACCCCCACAGGAACAUGUCGUCCAUCCUCCGAGGGGAUGAAAGUGCCCAGAGGAACAAGGGAAACGUGACCACAAGCGCGUUCUACUACAGAGAGCCAGGCAUCAGGGACCUGAGGCCACCGCAGCCUAGCAGCCGGAAAGAGCAGGGGACCCUGCACCUAGGAGACCGGCGCCUGGGAUCCUUCAGCACCACCCAGCAGUCGGACUACCGGCAGCUCCCCAAGACCCCCACAGUGUACCCCAAAAGCAAUGACCUGAUGAAGAGCAACAUUGCCUUCAACUUCCCUGAUACCGGUACCUCCACCACCACACAAGAUAUGCUCAUCCCUCACCAGCUGCGGAAGCACCAGAUCCCAGAGGAACUCAUACAGAAGAUAAAGCAUUCCCACCUGGUCCACCCUUGGCAGGGGCAACGGUGGUUCAGCACCGAACAGCGAGAGGCCUACGUGGACAAGUACGGUGGGCCGGUCCUGCUUGCCGUGGGUGACAGCCAGUGCAGCAGUGUCCCUCUUGGGACGAUGAAGGCGUUUCGGCACCGGACAAAGUGGGCCCCUGGGAUCCAGGCACAGGAAAUCCCUGCCCAGAAGCAAUAA